AUGGUGUGGAAGCGAGCCAAGAGCGAGGACGGGAAGGCAUAUUACUAUAAUACAGAGACGAAUGAGACAACUUGGGACAAGCCAGAUGCGGUCGAGCCAUCCGACGGUGAAGAACGGGGCGAUGAGCGGGCGCGCCCGCAGCUAAUACAGGGCUACGAGUCGUCAUCUUCGGAUGAAGAGGAAGCGGACGAAGCAACGGAGCCAGAGGACGCUGCAGAAGGCAGCGAUUUGGGCGGCGGGGCGGCGCAGAGCACCUCGGAUCGCGGGAACGAUGAGACGGAUGGAAAGAAGGCCGAGCUAUGGGCGCUGUUCGAGCGCGCAGAGCUGGAUCCGUACAGUGCGUGGGUGUUUGAGAGCGCGAAGAUCAGUGGUGAUGCCGCUUUUUAUGCCGUGGGCGACGACGAAGCGCGGCAGGAGCUAUUCGAGCAGUGGUGUGCGCGGAAGAUCGCAGAUGAGGGUAACGCAGUGCUAGAGGACGGGGAGGAGGCCGAGGAGGUCGAGCUGGUACCCACGCGGUUCCACUACCUGGCGCACAUUGUGUCCAAGAGUACCGUUCGGCCCGAUACCGUGUAUUCGGAUGUGCGGCGGGAGCACAAAGAGCUGUUCGACCAGCUCGAGGUGGACAUUCUCGACAAGAAGGAGCAGCGGCGGUUUGUGGCUGGCCUACUGUUCUACUACAAGAAGAUGGAUGCCGCGCUACGGGGCGAGGUUUUCCGCAAGCUACUGCAUGCUCACCGCGCUGCCAUUACAGCGGCCUUUCUGGAGAACGAUGCGCAGCUGCGCGAGCUCCUAGAGUAUGACGAGCUACCGCAGGACUCGUACUCGAUCGAAACCGACCUCUUCAUUGUAGAAAAGUGCAUUGGCCUGCAUGGUGCGCUUUCCAAGCUGCAGUCGGAGAUUAAGUACUAUGUCUUGGGCGUUAAGGACAAGCUUGUGGUAAUGAAGGAAGUCCUGCGUGAGAUGCUGAGCGAGAACUUGGCGAAAUGA